CCAACGGUGAUCAACAAUUAAGAGAAUCUACGUUAAUUUGAGUGUGUAAAUGAAGAAAAUGGAGAAGGGCAAGUCUAAAUCCCGUUCUUCUUCAACUAGGUCCCCAAAACUUGAAAGAAAAAUUGUUGAGAAGAACAGAAGAAAUCGGAUGAAGAUUCUCUACUCUAACCUACUUUCUCUACUUCCAGAUCAUGGCUCCAUGCAAGAAAUGCCAUUACCUAAUCAAAUAGGCGAAGUUGUAACGUACAUCGAGAGCUUAAAGAUGAAGGUGGAGAAGAUGAAGGAGAAGCAGCAGUCAUUGUUUCCAAGAAAAAGAUCACAUUCUUGUAUUACAAGUGAAUUUCAAGGAAUCACAAAGUCUUCACCGCCUCUAGUAGAAGUUCAUGAUAUGGGACCAAAUAUGGAUGUUAUUUUAGUUUGUGGGCUUGAUGAUUUAUCAAAAUUUUACAGCAUAAUUCACUUACUUCAUGAAAAUAGUGUUGAAGUUGCCAAUGCAAAUUUUUCCAUACAUGGAAAUUCCACCAUCCAAAUCCUCCACGAUAAGAUUGGGAAAUCAAAUCUGGGACUCGAAAUUUCAACAAUGUCAAGAAGGCUCAAGCAUUUGAUCUGUGGAUCCGCAUGCAGUGAAGUAGAAUCGAAUAUAGAUUCCGAAAUCCAAUCAGAUAUUUGGGGAUUUGGAAUUCAAGACUUCAUCGAUGCCUAUAUGAGUUUGGAAUGUUAUCAAACUUAUGAAAAUAUGUGAUUUUUUUUUAUGUAGAACUUGAUAAUAAUUCGUAAGCAAAAUAGGGUAAUAGAUAUUAGUCAAAGAAUCAUUGUAAAUUGUGGUGGAUGAAACGAAAAUUCCCAGGAAAAUCUUUUGGCUGUAAGACUGUGUAUCAUAGUGCUUCGCCAACAAGGUGCCCCAUGGGAGGGUCAUCCUCAGUCCCAUUAAAGUUACUAGCGCCUUGUCUACUACUGUCAGGGGUCAUUACUAUUGCAAACUAUUUUCCCAGUGAGGUAUCGUCGAAAGGUACAGAUUGGCUAUGUUCUCAUGAUUGGAUGAUUGAAUAAGACUUAAAUAAGAGUUGGGGUAAGGCUCCAUGUCCCCCUCUUUGCAUUUAA